CAUCUCUGUCAUCCUGCACAGGAGCCUCGCGCCUGUUUUCAGACACCCCUGUUCCAGCCCCUUCUGGAAAGUCAGGAUGUGAUGUCAUCUUUCUCUUGUAGGACGGCAUCGUGAAUCCAACAAUAAGGAAAGAUUUGAAAACUGUACCGAAAUUCUACUGCUGUCCGAUUGAAGGCUGCCCCAGAGGUCCCGAAAGACCAUUCUCUCAGUUUUCCCUCGUUAAGCAGCACUUUAUGAAGAUGCAUGCAGAGAAGAAGCACAAGUGUAGUAAGUGCAGCAACUCCUAUGGCACCGAGUGGGACCUGAGAAGGCACUCGGAGGACUGCGGUAAGACCUUCCAGUGCACCUGUGGCUGUCCCUACGCCAGCAGGACGGCGCUACAGUCACACAUCUACCGGACCGGCCACGAGAUCCCUGCAGAGCACAGAAACAUCCUGUCGAGUAACCUGCCUGCCCAGACAUUGGAUAACCGUAGUCUCUUGUCCGACACGAACACUGGGCCUGACGCACAGCUCCCAUCCGGCCCAACCCAGAAUCCGGGAAUCGAUUUUGACAUUGAAGAGUUUUUCUCGGCCUCAAAUAUCCAAACGCAAACGGAAGAGAGCGAACUUGGCAGCAUGAACCCAGAGCCAGUUUUGGAAUCCCUGGAUAUCGAGACACAAACGGACUUUUUACUUGCCGAUACCUCUGCUCAGUCCUUCAGCUGUAGGGAGAAUCCGAACUUCUUAGGCCUUGAGAUGUUCGACACGCAGACGCAAACAGACUUAAACUUCUUCUUAGACAGUCAUCCCCACCUGCCCCUGGGAAGCAUCCUGAAGCACUCCAGCUUCUCCAUGAGUACCGAUUCUUCUGACACAGAAACCCAGACGGAAGGCAUCUCCCCUGCUAAGAACCCAGCUGCCCUGGAAGGCAAGGUGCAGCUGAACAGCACAGAAACGCAGACCAUGAGCUCCGGCUUUGAAAGCCUGGGGAGUUUGUUCUUCACCAGCAAUGAAACGCAGACAGCCACGGAUGACUUCCUUCUAGCCGAUCUGGCCUGGAACACGAUGGAGUCGCACUUCAGUUCUGUAGAGACCCAGACGUGUGCGGAACUACACGCGGUCCCCAACUUCUAAGAGGGGAGCCCCCGGCUGAGGGGGCUUUUACAGUCUCCCUCUGGGUUUGGGGAAGGCGGACGAUAGUGUGAACUGUUGGAGGCAGAUGGUGACGAUGUUGCAUCGAUCCUUGGCAGUUCUUUGCCUUUUGUACUUGUAAAGAUGAGUUUGUGUACAAAUGUAUUAUAAAAUGCCGAUUGAAACAA